GCCGGAUCACGGUGGUCCAUACGACCGAUUCGCGUUUAAAUUUCACUAGCGGCCGCGUGUUCGCGAAACUGUCAAUCAGUGACGUUCGUCGGUCGGUCCACUGCGAUGCGUUUCACGCGCGAAAUCAAUCUCGACUGAGAAGUAUCGAAUCGCAAUUUCGAGGUUAUCCACCUUAAUCGAGAAUCGAUAUUUACAGUAAUCCCAUCCCGAUGGUUUCGAAUUGCCUAUUGGUAAGUGUGAUACAAUAUGGUGGACUAGAAUCGCGCGCGAUGAUAACGCGGAAAUUUAACCUAGAAUAUCGAUCGAGUAGAUCCGUGUACGACUAGGACCAGUUAGACGUACACGUGAAUCCUUCGUUGGGACGGUGUGUUAUCGUGUAGAAUACUUUGCAAGGAGUGUCGUCGUCGAGCGGGAUUGUCUUCUGGAAUUGAUCGAAGCAUGAUUAGUAACUAAUUUUGACGACAACGCCGUUCGGAUUUGUGACACGACUAUAGUGUGCGCAUAUAGUCUAUGUAUACGUGUGUGUAACCGUGUACGUGUGUGUGUUUACAUUGAAUCAGUGCUCGUUGGCAACAUCAUGAUCCGUCGACGUGAGUGCGAUCGAGUACUCUGGAGUGCUACCGAGGGUGUUUCUAGUGCAAGCUUCGGGGUUGCCGUCUGCGUGUGGGUUUCGAGAUGCGUUCUGUGGUGCAUCAGCCACGAGUAACUGCAAUUGGAGGCCGGUGUAGCCGUAUAUAUACCGGUAACUUGGCCACGAGUGAGCGUAGUGUGCCGACUAACCGCUGGAGUAAUUAAUCCGACGUAUGUGCGGACAGACAUCCUCGUUUCUCUACGCAGAGUCAAUCACUGACGUCGAUUCAGAAUCUAGGACUCGUCGUUUGAUUACAGCCUCGAAAGAUUAGAGUCUUGAUUGGAAUUUGCUUGAUACAUAGAGAAUAAUGACAAUCGAUGGAAAGAUAACCGAAGGGCACAAACGUAAACGACAGAAUCAAAAUCACUGACAAGUUAAUCGCGUGAGAACGAUUAAUCAUUAAACAGAGAAAAAAAAAUAUAUAUAUAUAUAGAGAGAGAGAGAGAGAGAGUGAUAUUCAAGAACAAUGUUCCAAUUCCUUCACGCAUAGCUAAACAGAUUCGAUCUACCGCUUAUGCAGCUGCAAAACAUCUAUAUUACCGGAUCAGCAGACGACUUCACUCUACGUCGCAUUUCGAACGAGGAGAUUAAUUAAAAUAGAAAAAUACAAGUUUCGGUAUUGACAAACUCGUCGAUAUUGACACGGUACUGUUGCACAGAAUUGAUGUUUCGUGUUGAUAAACAUUGUCUGUUACUGCGACGCGCACCGGUGUUUAUGUCUUUUUCAGUAAGUAACCGACUGAUCGUCGACCGCGCGCCUAUCGUACCAUCCGACGUCAGUCGCUUAUCGCAAUCGAAACAAUGUAUCGUAUCGAAGAUUAAAGCCAGUACGUUAUGCGCAUCGUUUAAGCGACGCGUUCGAAAUAAGUGCACGAUGCAGAAAUAAUUCGAUCGAUCUACGAAAAUAUUUCCGACAACAUUAUAUCCGACAAAGUCGUGCAGUGUUUUUAUCUUGACGUUCUGCGCAUCACGUGGUUUCUCGCCAGGAAAAAAAGACAUUCUUCUUGACUUUUCGUUAAGUUAAUUAACCGGCGAGCAACGUUCAUCGACGUCCAUAUUUGAAAGUUGCUGAACACGUAUCUUGGCGGACAAAGUAAAUGAACGACGCCGAUUACCCGAAUAGAUAAUUAAUCAGGACCAAGCGAAAGGAGGCAUUCGUUCUGCACGACCAAUCAUCGGCCCGAUGUCCUGAUCACCUUACAGUGUAUACAUCAUUCAGCUCGAUUGGAAUGGAACGUCUUAAUUAAUAAUCACGCGAACCUAUUGAAAUUCGUGUGCCGUUUCGCAUAUUAAGAGGGGCAAUUAAAGAAAAAAGGAGUAAUUAAAGAAGCAAGGCGAACGAAGAAAGGGCCAGAAACGGAACGUGGAAUCUGCAAGUGGACUUGGCCGACCUCAUCGUCUACUUUUUACCUCGUUUCGCGAACACCGAAAAAGAGUUCUCACACCGCACGCGAGAGGGACCUUAGACACGCACGCACGCAUUCACGCACCCCUUUCGAGGGAAGAACUCGAGAAGCAGAAAAACCCCGUGCCCUCGGUCAUCUCGAUUUUUUCGUGGUUUUUUCAAUCCUGUCCAGUGGCCAGUUUUGCUGUUCGUAUCGUGGAAUUGCUGCACGCCGACCGAAGACACCCGUCAACGACUCGGGACUAGCCGGACGCAGCAACGAAAAAUUGCGCGUAGUCGGAGCUCGGAACUUCACGAUGGAGUGCCGCAAGGGUCGACGGAAAGGUCUACUCAGUGGCCUGGUGUUUGCGUGGCUCCUAACCAGCGGUUGUACCGUCGCGGCGCGAAAUAUAGAUAGGUACGACACCGCGUACGCCUGCGAGGGCAAGACCCUGUGGAUUGAGUGCGGCGAGGGAAAGCUGAUCCACCUCAUACGUGCGAACUAUGGAAGGUUCUCGAUAACGAUAUGCAACGAGCACGGAAACACCGAUUGGAGCGUGAACUGCAUGUCACCGAAAUCCUUUCGGGUGCUGAACAGCGAGUGCAACGACCAGCAGAACUGCAGCAUUGUUGCAUCGACGCUGCAAUUCGGCGAUCCCUGUCCCAACACGCACAAGUACCUCGAGGCGCAUUAUCGUUGCCUGUCCGCGGCAACAACCACCACAACGUCCCGUCCGAGUCCUCCGUGGAUCAUGGCUUCUCAGCCAAGCGUUUGGAGCACGGCUAAGCCGACUGUCAGGCCUCCCUCGAGGAUUACGACACCCCAGGCUCAACAACCGCCGCAGCCGCCAGCACCGUCCACCCCGACGCUCCCAAUAACCACCACGCCAAGUCCCACGUCGACGAGGUCACCGGUCGAUACGGAGGUCCUCGAAGUGGACCAAGACUUAAUAUCUCCUGCAAACGUUCCGUCUGCGAAUGUACCAGCGGUGCCUCCGAUUGUUCCUGAAACCACUCAGGCCACAACCACGUCGACCUUUGCUCCUUGGAGAACGAGUCGAAGGACCACUGUGCCGAGCACGCUGUACCCAGAGUCCAGCUCGAAUGGCCAAUGGUACGACUACGGUAGACAAGUGUGUCCCCCGGUGAUAGCCAGGAACCUGUCGUGGAACACGACCAGAGCUGGCGACGUAGCUGUUCAGAGUUGUCCAGGCGGUGCUAACGGUUUGGCGCGUUGGAGAUGCCUGGCCAGAGCAGACACGGCCUUCUGGCAUCGAGACAGUCCGGAUCUGAGCGAGUGUCGCUCCGUUUGGCUCACCACGCUAGAGAACAGGGUAACAGAAGGCGACGUGAUCCUCGGAAUCAGUCGAGAAUUAUCGCAGGUGACGAACAACAGCAGAGGUCUCUAUGGUGGCGACAUGAUGAUCACGACUAAGAUCAUCAAGAAUAUGGCGGAGAAGAUGGCACAAGAUAUAAGGACGUACCAAGACGCGAAUCAGAGGGAGGUCAGCGUGACCGAGCUGCUGCAAGGUGUCGUGAGGACGGGCAGCAAUCUGCUUGACAAGGCGCAAAUGGCGUCUUGGAAGGAUCUCAGCCAUCAGGAGCAGAUGAGAGUCGCGACCUCUUUAUUGAUCGGACUCGAGGAGAACGCGUUUUUGUUGGCCGACACGCUGAUGCACGAGAAAACGAUCACUCAUGAGGGAAGGAACAUACUAAUGGAAGUACGCGUCCUGGAUGCCCGGAAUAUCGGCGAUGAUCUAGAAGUGUUCCCGACGGAGGCAGCUCAACAGAGAUGGGCAGCUUCGAACGAUCGUGUCGAGUUAACCAGAGGAGCUUUGCUGGAGAACAGCGAGGGUGGCAUUGUCCGUUUGGUCUUCAUGGCCUUUGACAGGCUCGAGGAGAUCUUACAGCCGCAAGCUGAGGUAUCAUCGUUAGUCAUGAACGACGACCCUCAGCCAUUGCCGAAAAGGAACACGACCAGGCUUCUAAAUAGUAAAGUGAUCUCCGCGUCUUUGGGCAAAGGAAGGCACAUACAGCUCAGCGAGCCUGUCAGAGUCUAUUUCAAGCAUCUGUCCAUUGAGAACGUCACCAAUCCGACUUGUGUGUUCUGGGAUUACAUCUUAAGUGCUUGGUCAGAGGAGGGUUGUGAAAUACGAAAAACCAACGAAACUCACACAGUAUGCGAGUGCAACCAUCUUACAAAUUUCGCCGUUCUAAUGGACGUGCACGCCGUCAGAUUGGAUAUUGCUCAUCAAGUCGCGUUGCAGAUCAUCACCUAUAUCGGCUGUAUCAUUUCCGUGGUUUGCCUGGUUCUGGCAAUUUUGACCUUCCAAUUAUUUCGCGGACUAAAGUCGGAUAGAACAACCAUCCACAAGAAUCUGUGUGUGUGCUUGCUGAUCGCGGAAAUUUUAUUCGUUUGCGGAAUCGGACAAACGAAUCAGAGAAUUAUCUGCGGUAUCGUCGCUGGAUUGUUGCACUUCUUUUUUCUUUGUGCAUUCGCCUGGAUGUUCCUCGAAGGGUUUCAAUUAUACGUCAUGCUGAUCGAGGUGUUCGAAGCAGAAAAAUCAAGGCUACGCUGGUAUUAUCUAGUCGCCUAUGGUGCUCCGUUGCUGGUCGUAGCCAUUUCUUGUAUAAUCGAUCCUCUGAGUUACGGUACCGAUCGAUAUUGCUGGCUACGAGCGGAUAACUACUUCAUAUUCAGCUUCGUUGGACCAGUGAUACUCGUUAUACUGGCAAACUUGGUAUUCCUAUCGAUGGCGAUUUAUAUGAUGUGCCGGCACGCAAACACGACCGUAGCGAUGAAGAGUAAGGAGCACUCUCGAUUGGCCAGCGCAAGUGGAAAGGAAGAGAAUGCUCUUCCCAACAAAUUGCAAGCGCACUUGGCAUGGCUGAGAGGAGCGAUCGUCUUAGUAUUUCUACUGGGACUCACCUGGACCUUCGGGCUUCUCUACUUGAACCAAGAAUCCGUCGUGAUGGCGUACAUCUUCACCAUAUUGAAUAGUCUGCAGGGGCUGUUUAUCUUUGUGUUCCAUUGCGUUCAGAACGAGAAGGUGAGGAAGGAAUACAGGAAGUUCGUGCGCCGUCACUCCUGGCUGCCCAAGUGCCUCAGGUGCUCGAAGACGGUGGCCGGAAGCUCCGGCGGCUCUUCCGGUACCAGCGGCGGCGCCGGUGGUGCUAACGGAGGCAAGGACUUCGCCUCUCACAACACCUCGUCGAAUCCGUCGGCGCCGACGACCGAUAGCUCCGGAUUGUCGCCGCACGCCGCCUCCAAUUACUUGGCGUCCGGUCGAAGCUGGGCGAUUGUCGAUAGGCAGCCGGCAGUUACAGUGCCACGUGAAUCCUCUCCAACAGAGGCUCACAUCGUGGCCACCCUGCCAUACGCCCGUCACGCCUUCUUACCCUCAGCUCCUAAUAUCCCCAAAUCUGCCACCGCCACUUGGGGCCACCUUAACAAAAACCUCAUGUGGAAGAACAUUUCUUUUAAAUCGUAUUCCCGUGACUCCGGCCAUGGUGGCUCCGAGCAAGAAGACUCGCCUAGGACGCACAAUACCCUGACCCUGGGACACUCCGGACGAAACCGCGGCGCGAGAGGAAUGAACGAGAACAACGAGAUGAGCGGCAACAGGACUACCGGAGGCGGCGGUGGUGGCCGAAGGACUGCGAUACCGUACAAACAUAAAUACACGGAGAUCAUGGACGGUCGUAGUAACGGACCAGCUCAUCAUCAGCUGCACGCCCAUCACGGUCAACACGUACAUCUUCCGCGGGAUUUGACGAACGAGGACGAACCAGUUUACGAAGAGAUCGAGCGCGGCGGUGGCGGCGGCGGCGGCGGUGAGAUUCAAGUAUCGGACAUGUCCGACGAGGACGGCAGAAGGCAAAGCGACAUGAGCAGACAAUCGUCGAGAAGUUACGGCGAUCACAGACCGCUGAUCCCAUACUCGCCGGCCACCGAUAGAAAUCUGAUGCAUUACGGGCAAACGUUGACGGACCGUGGCGGCGGAGGAAAUAUCCAUUGUGACGCGUCAGAGUACAGUCCUGCGUUCGAGAGGACCCUGAACACUUGCUGGGAGAAGCUACGAAAGCAGCAAGCAUGGUACGAACGUGGCGAGCUGCCCCGACUUCCGGCCAGUUACGGUAUACCGCCUCAGCCAGAUCACACGAGAACAGUCGCGGUUCUAGAUGGACACACGGUCGUCUGUCAUCUGCAGCCGCAGACGGACAUGUAUACCGGGCGCGGAAUGCCACCGCCUUCCUACAGCGAGUGUUAGAACGCUCUCCACUGGCAGGAUCCUGUCGUCCUCUUCGUCUUCCUGCACGAGGACGAUGGAUGCGCUCCUUGCUGUCGAGACGCCGCGUCUCGUGGCCAUCGACGAAGGAACGAUCGAAGCAACGCGUAGUUCGUGAAUGUUAUAGGGUCGCGUCCUCAACACGCGAAGUUUGAGAUAUCGUCGAUGACUACGACGAUGGCGAUCUUCUGUUUAACGCGACGUGUACGGUGGUUCCUCACUGAAGAAAACCAUCACACACCGGGACAACCGACGCGUCUCGAGCUACGUUCGACCGGAUGAACGAGUUGCGAACGAUGACAACGCGUCUCUAGCUCAAACAUGAACGCGACUGAUCGACCUGGAGCCCGAUAAUUGCCGCGUUCUAUAGCCAUAAGCGGGCCGAUCUACGAGGAUGGCCCCGAACCUCCUUUGUUGUGUUUCCAUAUCCGUUUACUCGGGAAUUGCGUGCAACCAAUGGCGAAAGUCCACGCGAAACGGACGUGUCUGUCGUCUCCAGAACUAGAACCGUGCGAAUGUGUGACGAAACGUCGAAGAUCUGUGUACGAUAGCGUGAAUUAUUCGAUACGGACCUCUUGUUGAAGUUAAUCGAUCGUCGUUGUACCGUCGAAGCUGUGCUCGGCUUUUUCGGAUUGGCUCACUGACAGAGUGGAAAAUACGAUGUCGUACGGAAAACGAUAAAACGUGACGAGUCCUCUUAGAUUGCUAAGAUUUUGCUAGGAGAACGCUUACAGAGCUCGAGGUUUCGAGGUACACGUGCCGAUUGUAAACGACUCGAACGAGAAGUCAUCGUGUAUAUGCUCGUAAGUAAGUGUAACGAUAUCAGAGCGAAUUAAUUUCCUUGCGUUCUUCGGGACGAUGUUCUCGUUCGUUGUCGAUCGUAUCCUCGAAGCCUGUUCUCGUACGCGUUGAGAAAUCGAGAGAAGAUUUUCUCCUCGAUCGUUUCGUCGAUGCUGGCUUUGCUCGUUAACGAAAGUGAUUCGUGGAUAAUAUGAAAAAUAACAGACAUAUCGAGAUCGAAUGGGGAAAGGUUUGGCCGCGGGGGCGUGAAAAUUCGUUCGUUAACGAGUGUCGAACCAACGAGAAUUCGAUUUGAAUCCCCGAAGGAAAUCGGCGACGACUCGAUAAAGGAAUCUGAAGCCCGUGUUUCCUUGCAAACGUCUCCGCUUUCAUCGAACCGGAGAGCAGCGACAUAUCGCAGGUGCGCUGAUCGAUAAACGACCUCGCCACGGAACGUAGAAGAAAACUAAAGUUACUUAAUAAUCGAUCAACGCUUACUUCGAUUAAUCACUAUCGCGUUACAUUAGUCGCAUCGUAGAGUUACUUCUAAAGUCUUAAGACUGCUUUCGUGAAAAAUUCCGUGCGACACGAUCUGUCAAAAGAUGCAGACAGUAUCUUCGCGAGAUAGAAGGAAAAAGAAUCUUCGAGUUCCGGAGAAGAAAGGGACGCGCGUGUUCAUUUCGAACGAGUUUCGAUGAUUGAAAACUUGAAUUUUCUACCCGGGCAAAGGUAGAGCCAGCGGUUAAAAUUACCUUUAUCGGUCGUCCCAGCCAGCUCCUCAAUGUAUAUUGCUUUGGAACGUUACGUUUUAGUCCCAGAAUGUUAUUUUUAUAAAUAAAAAAAAAUUAUAUAUAUAUAUAAAUGUAUAUGUAUGUAUACAGUAACGAUAUUAUAUUUAUAUAUAUAUAUAUACAUAUAUAGAAAAUACGAAGAGAGAGAGAGAGAGAGAGAGAGAGAAGGUGGGUGAGAGUUGUACGAAACAAGUAUAUAUAUAUAUAUAUAAAUAUAAAUAUAAAUAUAUAUAUAUAGUGAUACAAAGCGAUUUUCCGAGCGACGUGGAAAAAGCGAAGAAAACUUAGUCACUGUUUUUUACUAUUUUUUAAAGAACAAAAAGGUAUAUGUCGUAACCGCGUAAUCUAAUAUGUAACUAAGGGAACCCGCGCGCUAUUUAUUUUUUAUCAUCCGUGAGUGUUAUCUAAUGUGUAAUUAGCGGUCGUAUCGAGAUCGACGAUCGGCGACGCGCGAUCGUUCGAAUAUAAUUACGGAUCGAAGAUGAUCGUAUCGAAACGAGAUAGAUCGAACGAAUCGUCGUCGUUCGGUGGUCGAAUCGAUCGACGACAUUUUCUGCUUGCAAAGAAGAUCCAUCGUCGACGAGCGUAAGCGUAUAUAUUAGACGAACGAACGUCGAGCUCUGAAACACGUCACCAAUGGCUCGAUGUUCGUUUCCCGGAACAUUCGACUUCCUCAUCUGACUUCUCCAUUUCUAACUGGAGAAAGAUAUGUUGGAUUGACUAAUUGACGAGACAAGGUUCUUCUUUUACCAAGCUUUUGUUCUUUAAUUGUGUUAUUACGGUUAUACGCAAACGGAAACCUGUUAAAUUAUGUUUAAAUUGAUCGAAGUUUAAAUUUGCCUAAACGAGAAAGGGCGCACGCGAACACAGUGAAUUCAAUAUAGUCUUUCUCUCGGUUGAACAGCGUUUCGUCGUUUCCUUUUUCUUUAAUUUAUUUCUCUGCUCAGCCGGGCCGGCCGUGAUCCUUCUUUCCGGCAAAUCGUACGUUAAGACGAAUAAAUCUAUAGGCGAAUUAUUAAAAUAGCGAUAAACAGCGUUUUAAGGGUACCAGCGUAGCUAUAUUAAGCGUUACGAACGUUUCCUCCGAUUUCUAUGAAACGUAAUUGCUCACUCUGGCAUCGCGUGAAAACCCGUUCGCGGUUAUCUUGGUUUUUCCUGUUUAGAAGACCCUUCGCACAAGCGUAGCUUGAGAUGACAGUCAAGCAUCUGAAAACCGUUUCUGUCCACGAUGUUAAAGGUAGAACGAAAAUGUGUAACCCUAUCGAGUAUGUGUAUAUAUAAUUUCCAACGCCAUGAAAAUUCUGCCGUCUCGUUUCUUGCCCGUAGCGAAUAAAUACGUGAAGUCUGUACGCGCGUUUCUCGGUCGUCGCGUAUCGAAUCGUCGCCGUUCGACAACCAACCGUGUAUCCCAGCGUCGACAAUUUCGCACGCUUUCCUCGACAUUUUUUCGUUCCACUUUUACAUUCCCUCGUCGUCACGAUAAGCAACAACCAACCGCGAGAUAUCAUUUUCCGACAAUUACAGAGCAACGUACCGAGUAUUGCAAAAAUCAAACUGUAUCGAAUUGGAAUCGAGAUACGCGGACAAGCCUGAACGAUAUCAGAAAUGAAGAUCGGACUCGCGUUGUUUCACGUCUAAAACUCUCGUGCGGUUGCUCUUAGACUUUAACAAAUUUUACGGUACGUUACGGUGCGCGACGACGUUCUACGUUUUAACUCGUUAAGAUUUUAUUUCUCGACGCGCGCUCCGGUGAACGCGAAUCACGGAAGCGCAUGUUACAUUUUUCGAAACGCGAUUGUUAAAUCCCGUGAUUCCAAGGCGAAUUAAAGGGACGAAAGGUUUUUGUAUCCCUCGACGAUUGUGUCGUCGCGUCUCGCGAACGUCCUCCAACGCUCUGUCCACGACGCGGCGGUGCUUAGUUCUAUGAAUUUUUGUACAAGCGAAAGGUCUUGCCCACGGAACGACUAUUAUCGGAUAUAAUCGUAAACGCAGCUACAUUCCAUCCGUUCGACUUAUCGUAAUUGAAAGAGAUAAGGGGAUAAAAGGGUGUACGAGCCAAGUAGACGGGAACAACUUCGAGCGCAAACGUGCCUGGUGAAUAGGCAAUCGAUUUACGAAUUUACGUAAUUUUCCGUCUGUCUUCUUUUUCCUUCUUUUUUAAUUGUCUUUCCUUUAUUCCUUUUCUUUUUUUUCUUCUCUCUUUAUUUUCUAAGCAUCGACAACGGCGUAACCGGCGGCCACAGAAAGGAAAGAAGACGCACUGGUUUAAGAGAUUGUUGCGCGCGAAAGAGGAGAGUGAGAGAGAUAGAAGCAUUAUCAUUGGGAAAUUCUCGAAAUGAGGUGUACAUAAUGUAAAUAGGGCUUUGUACAUGUUGAACACGUUGUAAUGUAAAUGGAAAAGAGAGAGAGAGAGAGAGAGAGAAUUAUGUGUGCAUGAGGAAAUGAGAGAAAGAGGUAAAGAACGAAAGGGGAAGAGAGAGAGAAAGAGAGAGAGAGAGAGAACAAGAAGGAGGCGACCGAGACGAUCGAUGUGAAAACAGAAAAGAAUACAUUUAGAUAAGACAAGUUAUUAGUAAGUAGUGGAUAUUACAAUGACUAUUAUCGUGAUGGCGGACGCGUGACGCGAUUUAACUUAAGUCCCAAGCGUAAUUAGUUAAUGUGUAAAUAAAUUAAGCGAGGAAGUAAAACAAACAAAAAAAAAAACAAUAUUAAAUGAGAGCCCAAGUAAUCUUUGGAUAUUUAUAAACGAACUCCACUAAAGAGAAGUAAACGACAAAUGAAUAAAAGAACAAACAAAAAAAAAAGAGAGAAGAAAGGACGAUAAAUAUGUAGGUUCGAUAAGAGAAGGAGGGAAUGUAAAAAGAAAAAAAUAAUAUGAAUUCAAGCACUCGUCCCGUGCGUUAGGUUACUGUUACUUGAACGAAUGGAAAGUCAGGAGAAAGGAACAAACGAAGAACACGAACGUUAGACAAAAGCGGAAGAGAGGGGAAAAAAGAUUGGAGAAAAGAAGGGGAAUGAUUAAGAAUGAAAAUGUGCAAGCAGUUAAUCAGAUGGACAGAUAUACAGUGCAUGUUUUAUCCUUAGCCGUUUUAUAAAUAUAAAUAUCCUCUUCCAUCCCCCUCCUUUCUCAAACCCCUCGCCCUUGAUCUCCAUCCUUCUCCUCUUUUCACGCGACAAAGUAGGCGCGAAGCUGAUCUUUUCUCUGAUCGAGUACACCUGUCCGUACUGUCCAAUCUCGAGAUGUUCCUUUCAAAUUGUGUGUGCUGUCUCUCUUUACUUUUCGUCCUUGUUCUCUUGUCUGCAGCAGUAUCGCGUAAACGAGUUUCCAAACGAACCACGAUCGAGUCGUCCCUCGAGAUAUUUAGCGGCUAAGCUUUCGUUUUUGUGUGCAAAGAAGAAAGAAAGAAAGGAAAGAGAAAAUGGAAAAAAUUGUAUCGGGAGGGCCAGAGAAAGAAAAUUCGAAGCAAUCGCAGAAAGUCAAUCCGCGGAGAUAGAAACGCACUACGCCCACAUGUACAUGCAUCCACGUGUGCACACUCCACCGAUCAUCUGAAAAAUAUCCCUUCCCCACCCGCAGCCAUCCUCUCAAAGCGUCGGAAUAUUUUUCGAAUCGGCUUUUUUCUGAACCGUUUUACCCAAAGGCACGAAGCAGCAUCGGUCGUAUUACAGAAUUUUUGGACAAACCGACGCACGAUUCAUGUUCACAUAGGAUUCGCGAAAAUUCUGUGAUCUUUACCAUUUAUGUUCUCUCUUUGUAAGUGAUAUUUAAGGAACGUAAUUAAAGAAAGAGAAAGAAAUAUGCGGACACGGUUUUAGCACGUAAUUAAGCGCGUAGAUUUCCAGUGAAUCAUCGCCUGCCUGCGCACGCUGACAAAUGAAAAGGAAGAGGAACACCGAACAACAAGCAGAAGAAGAGGAAGAAGAAGAAAAAGAAGAACACAAACGAACAAGAAGAAUGUAAAAUCUAGGUAUCUCCGAUCUACUAAGAGCCUCCGUUUCUUCAUUUUUGUAUGCUUCUUUAAGACUGUCUGAUACAGGAAAAAAGGAUAAAUAAAUGUGUACCAAUCUCUGAAUAAAA